AUGACGAUGAUCAAUCGAAUAAACGGACUUCCUUACUUACCAGAUGAAUACAUCUUAUCAGAGCGUCUUUCAAUUCCGCAUUGGCGCAACACGACAGAUCGCCUUGAAUCAAUUCAGCUAUCAUCUAGGACCACGGGCAAACCGAAGGGAGUUGAGCUGGCGCAUUACAAUCUGGUUUUAAAUUGCUAUCAACUCGUCGCACAUGACCGAGAACAGUCUCAUCCGUCUUCUUGGACGGUAGCUUUUACGCUAUGGACUCACAUCACCAUGACCACAUUGCCGCUGUUCUUAGGCCCUUACACCGGGAUGCUGCAUCACGCUAUGCCGAAUUACAAUAUCGAAGAGUUUACGAAACUAGUUGGGUCGAACCAAGCUACGACUUUCCAGGGUGUGCCAAGCGUUGUCCUUCAGAUGGCAAAUUCCAAUGUAAUCAGUCGAUUCGAUUUCAGUGGUGCAAAAUACAUCAAUGCCGGCGGUCCGCUGAAGAAUGAUCUUAAAUACCGGCUGCUAAGCAAGGUGCCGUGGAGGCUCAUCUAA